AUGACCGACAAACCCAGCCCUGACGAGGUGAAGAUGGAAUGGUUCCAAACCCUGGACUCUGUGAACUUCACCUUUUACGUCCCCAAUCGUUCUGAGGGGGAUGUCGAAGUCACCUAUUCAAACGGCUGUCUUGACGUGGGGAUUCAAUUGGGGGGCGGGGGCCGGGUUUACCACCACGUCGUGGACGCCCUUUACGCCCCUCUUUCCGCGGAUCCGCCCCGGGUGAGUAUCCGGCCGAUGAAGGUCGAGGUGGGGUGUAAAAAAGCCACCCCCGGCCAAUGGGCCGCCCUGAAAGCGGCCGGGGAGCAGUUGAAGUCCUUCCCGGUGGCCGCCCCCGCCGCCGCGAGCCCGGCGGCCUCGAAAGCCCCGUCCGCGGAGAAUCUAAAUUACCCGAAUAGCAGUGGGAAAGAUUGGAAUAAAAUCGUGGUCGAUCUCGAGGAGGAAAAGCCGGAGGGCGAGGCGGCGCUGAAUAAACUAUUUCAACAAAUAUACGGCAAUGGGACGGAUGAGCAGCGCCGGGCGAUGAUUAAGUCCUUCACCGAAAGCGGCGGGACGGUGCUGUCGACGAAUUGGGAGGAGGUGGGGAAGAAAAAAGUGGAAGCGCAGCCGCCGACUGGGAUGGAGGCAAAACCAAUUUCGAAUUGA